CACGGCACACCUUCAGAGGUCUCUUGGAGUUCAUUCCUUAAUUUCUCCAGCUGUUUUGGAGAGAGAUAUUAGGCAGGAGGUUUAUAUAGAUUUAAAUCAUGAUGUAUAAAUAAGUAAAUAUAAAGAUAUUUGAAACAUAUCGCUGUUACUGCAGCUUUUCUCUGCGUUUGAUAGAAUACUGUAGAAUUUUGCGGCGUUUUGUGAAACUGUUAUUAAAAAAGAAAUGAAAGAAAAGGAAAUUGUCAUCAGAGGAUUCCCCGCAAUGACGUCACGCCCCGUUGGUCAUUUUCUGCGCCGAUAAUGACCGUCAUUUUCCUGAUAUUCACAGUAGAUCUUUGAGUGAGCACGAGGCCGGUGAGUAAGCCUCAGUGCACUCCCACUCGGACACUGCUGUAGACAUUCCGAAAGUGAAAGUCAGCGCAGGGGAUUAAGGGAAAAAAAAGAAUGACAUUUCCCAAGAACAGAAGUUUUGCAGAAGUGUGAUGCCGUUGUUUGAAUGUCUUCGCUGGCAGCACGCGCAGCUGUGUGACGGUGGAGCCAUGCUGAAGUGGAGUGUGUUGGUGUAUGUGGUCGGGGUGAUGGUGGCUCUGCUCCACCUGCAUUACACACACAGGCGGAUGCUGACCGAGCUGCAGAGCGUCAGGUCCGAGUGCAGCAACCUGCACUGCUACUACUGCUGCCCAGGGACCUCGUUAUCGCUGGCCUGUGGGAGCAGCAGAGGGAAACGGGACGUGUCCUCUCAGAGGAAACCGAGACGAAAGAGACAGACAGAACAUGGCAUGUUUCUGCACCUGGUUCCUGCCUCCACCUACUCAUACGAUGAUCGUGAUACGACUGUCCUGUCCUGGGCUGUUGGGCGUAGCCAGGGGGCGGGGCUUCAGGUAUCCGGGGAUUCCAUCACCGUGGUGACCGAAGGCUUGUACUUCAUUUACAGUCAGGUCAGUGCGAUUUGUUCUGUAGAUUAUCUUCAAAGACGUGUUCAGAACUCGUUCCUGGUUCCUGUGCUGCAGGUUCUUUAUGAGGAUUCCGCCACACUGAUGGGUCACGUGAUCACCAAGCGCCACAAGGGGGCGGAGACUAAACUGAUGAAGUGCAUGACGAUCAUGUCCCCUAACGUGAGCAAGCCUCUCAACACGUGUUACACUGCAGGCAUUCACUUCUUGGAGUCAGGAUCAGUUCUGGAACUUUCUGUCCCACGGGCGCCAGCUAAACUCGUCCUCUCAGCUCCAGCUACUUUCAUGGGGAUCUACAGUCUCUGAGUAUCAGCCUUCACACAUAACGUAAACUCCAGUUCCGCUGGUCCGUUUUGGAGGCGAUGGAGACACCUAGUGGACAUAUGGGGAACUACAGCAAGAAAUCAACAGCAAAAUAUAAUCAUAGAAUUAUCCUGCUUCCAGAAUCUUUUACGCAAAAAGUAUCUUUUUACAACAUAAACUGAAGUCACACAGUCUGAUCACGUACAUUUUUUAUUUUCUUUAAUACUAACGAUUUUUUUUGUCAAACCAAUUAAACUAUUAAACGAUAAAAUGUUUGAAAGUGUCCUUUAUAUUUCCUCUUGACAAAAUAUCACACACUGUUUUGUAAAAUCUAGAUAAAUGUGUGUGAGUUUCAGUAAAACCUAUAAAUAACCCUGAAGCCCAAAAUCUGUCACAUAAACGACUCGCUGUUAACAAAUCUGGAAUAAAAAUACAGGAUACAAAUCUC